GGGAGGAUGGCGUGGAGAAGGUGGUGGCUCUGCGGACUGCGAUGAAGACUGAGCGGAGGGGUAGCAAGUUGUCGAUUAGUCGGACGUGUGUUCCUACGGAAGCUUUGGUGGAGUGUGAGGCCGUGGGGGCGAUGUAAGUGAGCAUGGAAGUGAGGGGGCUUGUCGUUCGCGUGGAGAGCCGUCGGAAGUCGGCGGUGGCUCUCUUUGAGCUACGAGAUAGCUGCCGCAACGAUGGAGAAUAUGUUCCGUCCACCUUUAUGUCCAAGUGUGAGCUGUUUUCGGAUGGGAUCCGUCUAGCAUUCCCCCUUUGCGACACACGCUCCGUACAGCCUUGCCUGGACACCGCAACGACGAGCGACACGUUCCGUCCAGUCCAUUUCCAAUCGUCGAGUCGUGCCCGUAGUGAUUGUCCUCGUUACGCCAUGAAAUCUCAUCAAUUCGUGCUGAUGCUGACGCAAUGACGGCCAAUAAGUCUUGUCAAACUCCUGGUCGAUUGUUGAGCUGUUUCCGUAGGUCUCAUCCAGGCUCCGAUCUGGGCACUCCUAGAACCACUCAAGAGCCGUCGCA